GGGCGUGGUUUUAAACGGUGAAAGUUCACAACGGAGCGAGAGAACACGGAAGAUGUCGACGUCUACGUCCGGCGACACUAAAGCAGUGGUUCGCCGUGCUCAGGCAGGAGCCGUGGUGAGCGCCUCCACAUCCUCCACCAGGAAGAGACCGCCGAAAGCGGCGCUGGAGGAAGACGAAUUCACUGACGCCCUGACGAAGAUAGUGAGGCGGGAUUUCUUCCCCGACAUAACCAAACUGGAGGCUCAGUUGGAGUUCAUUGAAGCCUCAGAGACCAACGACUAUGAGCGACUCAGAGCCAUCUCAGAGAGAUUUCCCACCGCCAUUCGCACCCCUAACCCAAGUGCUGCCCCAGCAGCCACUCCGUCGACAUUUGAGACACCUCUCCACACAGCAACACCGCGAGGUACCGGAACCCACUCCUCCUCCUCCACGGCAGAGGGACGACGCUCAGCUACGACCGGACAAGAAGAGGCUCCGGACGCAAAGAAACAGCAGCGUCCCGAAGACUACACUCUCGACAAGUUUUUCUCCAAGUUUGAAAGCGAGGACGAUGCGUCGUUCUCUGAUAUAAUGGAGAAGGCGAAAGCCCAGCGCAGGGCCAAGCACGCCUGGGUGUAUGAGAAGGAACAAGAGUAUCGUCACAGUCUGGCCGCUCCUGAACCAACACUGGCCAUUACCGACGGAACCGAGGGAGGGGGGGAGGGUGAGGGGACCGGUAAGGCUCUGGUGGCGGUUUCCGAACCAGAGAGAAGCGGCGUAAAAAGCUGGACAUACACGGCAAAGAACUCGCUCAUGUACAUCCCGGAUGGACUGGAGAGAAGCACACUGGAACAGAUAUCAGAACCGGACAAGAGGAGAGAGGUGGUUCAUUCUAACACGAGACUAUCGGGGGCCUUUCUCCGCCGUCUACACGGAGCAGCGAGGGAGAUGGGGGCAGGGGAAGGAGAGGGAGGAGGGAUAAGUCGAGAUAAAGUCGGUGUGGAUGGGAAGGUACUUGACCCAACUGCUUCCCCACAGGUCAAUGGAUAUGGAUUUGUAGCCACUCCUCAAAUACAACCAGGUGUUGAUGCCUCUCCGCUGAUGACGUGGGGGUCGAUAGGGGGAACCCCUGUUCAUUUGGACACUGACGUGGUCCCGGGGCCUGGUCCGACGUUCAAAAUCCCGACAGUCCCACGUCGCGAGGAGCUGGCUCACCAACUGGCCGACAAGGCUACCAAGUCCACCAGGGAGAGGAGAAAGGCGGCUGCAGUGGCUGCAAGCCCUGCACUGUUGAGAAGGAGACUGGGCACGCCAUCGACUCCCUCAGAGAGACUCCAACUGCUCUCUCCGGCCGCUCGCAAACUCGUCUCGCGAGCUGCCACCCCAGGCAGUGCCAGAGGUGUGGACAGAGAACUUCGACGGAGCUACACACCCCAGCAGAGUAGUCGCACCCCGUCCUCUACUCCAACCUCUACCCCACGACCACACUCCGCCAGGCGUGGCACUGUCGAACGUGCUGCUACUCGUACUCUGCCUAGAAGAAUCGUGAUCAUGGGAGCAAAUCUAUCGUACCCUGUGGUGGAUCUGGGCGGGAAAGUGGCGCUGGUGACGGGCGCCAACACGGGCAUCGGGUACGAGACGGCCAAAGCCCUGGCAGGCAUGGGGGCCCACACCUUCGUCACCUGUCGCUCGCAGGAUAAAGCCGCCGCAUGCGUGGAAAGUCUAAAGACGGAUCUGUCGAAGGAGAAGGAAGGGUUGGAGGCGAGCGUGGAGGGACUAGCCCUGGAACUUGGGUCGCUACGCUCAGCCCGGGACUGUGCAGACGCCUUCAAGGCAAAGAACCUUCCCUUGCACCUCCUGGUCAACAAUGCUGGAGUCCUAACUGAACAACUUUCUAAAACAGACGACAACCACGAGUCAAUGUAUCAGGUGAACCACCUGAGUCCAUUUCUGCUGACCCUGGAGCUCCUCCCGAAACUGCUGGAGACAGUGGGCGGGGCAGAGGGAGGAGGGGAGGGCCGUGUGGUGUGGGUGGCAUCUGUGGCUCACGAGGAAGGUCGCUGGAAUCCCGACAACCUCGACGCCGAGGUCUCCUUCAACUCACAGACCUUCUACAGGAACUCCAAGCUCUAUAAUGUGAUGACAUCAUUCAGUAUACAGAGGAGACUGAAGGACACAGGAAUAACAGUGUCUUCUCUCCACCCUGGAGUGAUCAAGAGUGACCUAUGGAGACAUAUGGCCGACAGCAGAAACCUCGUGCACAACCUCUUUUCAAAGAUCGGACCAUAUUUCAUGCGUAGUGUGAAGGAAGGAGCGGCCACCACCAUCAACUGUGCAGUGAACCCUGAGCUAAACAGUGGCCAGUGUUUCUACUAUUCUGACUGCUCCCCUACACAGCCCACUGUAAUUGCCAGGAAUGAGCAAUGUCAGGAGGAGUUAUGGGAUAUCAGUAUCAAAGCCAUACGACAGUACCUCUCUCCUGAGGUGUUGGAGAAAUACGGAGCUGCCCGUCCUCCUACUAGCAACAGCAGUGGUAGUGUUGCUGUAGAGGAGGGGAGCUCACGAUUACCUGUCGCUGGAGUUGAGACUACAGCACCAGUAACAGUAGAUGGAGAAAGAGGAGAGGAAGGAGGGGGAGAAGGGGAAGUAGAAGAAAGGGAGGAAGGAGGAGAGGGAGAAGGAGGGGAAGAAGAACAGAGCACGUCCCUUGAGCCUUCCACUGGCGAUGCCGAUGACACUGAAAAAUGACCAAAUAUUAUUGUAGCAUAAUAUAUAGUGGUUUUUAAACUGUGUGUGUCUAUCUCAGUCUUCUGGAUGUGUAAGUUUCACGGAACAGACGACAUGUUUUGAGCGCAUCCAGCUGUACGAGUUGUCCAAUUUAAACACAUUUUCCAGUCUUUUCGCAUGUGUGGCUCCCAGUUACUAGGUAGAGAUGACUGUUCACUCGGCUCAGUGGGACCUGUAGGAAAGACUAAUUUCAUUGUUCUCCCCCCAAAACAGAGAUCCAUGCUGCAUGGCUUGCAAAGCUCACGAUCUCCAGUGGAGGGUUCAGCCCAUCUUCCAGGGUCAAGCCAAAGGCAAUGUCAUAUUCAAGUGACUGAAUCUCCCACUUGAGUAUGGUGGCUGGUUUCUCCACUUGGUAGGACACAGUGUGAGAUUUGUUCCUCCACACCCCAAGAUGUACCCUCUCUGCCUCCUCCUCUCCCCUCUCUAACUCCCGACGAAAGUAGUACUCUUCCGGAACAAGAC